AUGUUUGGUACAGAACUGCGAGUAGGGUUUAUGACUUCGACUUUAUCUCAAGAUUUUGUUGAGGAUAUACGAGAUGAAGAUGAUAACGAAAAUAAAAUAAAUUUGACGGAUAGUACAAAUAAUACAGAAAUUGAGCUUGUAGCUAGUUGCACUGGACAGCAUCAGAUUAUAAUCGUAGUUAAACAAAAAGACGCAGAAAGUUCAUCCAAAACAAGUGGAGAACUUCCUUUCGCAGCAGAAGCCAGUGAAUAUGACAUUGAAACUGAAGCGACUGCGACUGUAGUCUCUUAUAAUAAAUACCACCAAAAGACAAAGGCUUCGAAGUUGUAA